ACAAUAAACAAUUGUUACACUUGAACAAUACAACAAGUUUUCCGUAUGUCAUCAGUUACUGAAGAACUUAUUAUACUCAUUUUCGGGCCUUUCUAUUGAGUUCUGGACUCCUAUAGCACAGCUACACACAAUAACCCGCACAGAAAGCUUUCUGGAUCUUCUAGACUCUGCGCCUCUUCCUGCAGUGUUUCCUUGGGUUUCCUUCUUCCCGCCCAAACGUUCUGUGUAAUUUACUUCACCCCCAGCCCUCCUCGAGGUACGCCUCCCGCCAAGCCCGCUCCGCUGACAUUUUGCCUGGCGUAACACAGAAUUUUACUCUUCCUCUGGGGCAGGAGAUUCUCUUCUCCUGUGUGUCAAUCCAUUGCUAUGCAAUUUCUUGGAUUUGUCUGCUAGCAUUAAUGAGCUUGGCUAUUGUGGUCAAGGUCUGUGUGAAGGAAAAGUGGCAAACAAAUCCAGAGCUCAUCGAAAGUGUGGAGCUCAGGCUUCAGUUCCCUUCAACACGAAGUGGAAAAAAAAGACUAUAGUGCAAGUUAAUUGUGCCGCGAGAGUGGGAGUUUGUUUGAAGGCAUUAAUCAUUGACAUUCAAAGGGACAUGCUCAGCCCAUACCUGGCACUUACUGCAGCUCAAAACAUACCCAACAGGAAGGCAAAGGGAUGUGAAUUGCAUGUCCUCUGUCCACAAAUCUGUGCGAUGCCUCAUUUGCAGCCUGUGUCACAUGAAAAUCUCUCUAGAUAGAUUGUGUCGCGGUACAGUAUACUUAGCAGCCUGUCAUGGUAUCAUGAUGGGUCUGUUUGAAGAGAGAGAUUGGAUCUGAUUGAGAGGAAUAUUACACCAUCCCCCUUGGUGAUCUGAUGAUUUAGGUUGAAACACUGAUAGGAAUAAUGAUGGGAAAGUUAGAGUAUGCACGUACUGUACCCUGCACAGUUUUGAAAGGCUUGACAAAGUCAUCCCUUGCUGCUUUCUAAUGGGACAGUAAUGAGGAACACUCCACUGUUAAACUGUAUAGACAAAUGUGCCAUUAAACUUGCCAUUAAACCUGCAAGAACUGAAAAUGGAAGCUCGUGUGGAGUUGGUCUCCCAUUUGCAGUCAUAACAGUUUCCAAUUUUAUGGGAAGACAUUUUCAGUGUUUUGGGAGUGCAGUCGACCUUCGCUACAUCGUGGUUCGAACAGCGUCCCCUCACUCGAUCGUGGUUUUUCAAACAUUAAUUAGUUAACAAAUGAUCGCUGUUUCGUGGUUAACUAUGGUCUAUUAUUUGUCAAAAAAUAUUGAAAGACAAGUCACAGUCACAUAGUCAUAGUCCGGUCACUAGGCACCUGUAAUGACACCAAACACUGAUAAGACAUGACAUGACAUUAGAUGACUUUAACAGUGCAUGUAGUCAGCCAUGGCAUUCCAACAUGACAAAGUGGAAAAAAAGUUUCCCUCCCAUUCCAUGUUGAGGUCAUUUUUUGGCUUCUUACGUUGUCCUUUUUCCCUACUCUGUUUGAAACCCUUUCUUAGGUUUAGAAUAAAUAAAUUGGAGGCUAACUGGCUAGCUCGCAAGCAUGCUAUGCUUAACGCCGUGGCAGACUCUUGUGUCCCUUCAGUGAUCCCGUAGCCUGUGCAUUGCCAAUGUGGUGUAAACAAAGAACAAUGGAAGAGUAAAGGUGACUAUAGGAGUGGUGUCUAAAGGGCUCUAAUAAUGGUAAAAAAAUAUAUAUAUAUAUACAGUAUAUUUAGAAAGUCAUAAACAGGUUUUCUAUGAUCUAACUACGAAAAUAUUCCAUUUAUUAUUACUGAAUCUUACUUUGCUGAAAUUGACUUAUCAAAGUCACGUCUGAAACCAAUUAACCGCGUUAAAUGACAACUGUAGUUGUCCAGAAGUGAAUGAAUGAUGUUUGAGGUAACAAAUGCGGGCAAAAUGCUUUGUGUAAUGGCUGCACAGUCAUGCAGAAACAGUUUCUAUGAAAUUAGUGCGACAGAUUUGUCCAAAAUGUCCUGUUAUGCAUGGCUUGCAACGGCAGAGCAGGAAGAGGACGCAUUUAUAAUAUUCCAAAGUUAGCGCCCCCAAUGCAGUGCCUAACCAAAGCAGACAACACCUUUAAGACCAAGAGUGAACUAGGGGUUCUUGCCCCAUGCCAUUUAAAGUUUGUCUUAAUACUGCAAUUAAUUUGGGGAAUACACAGUAUGUGCAUACUAUAUUCUGUUUACUGACUUGUUUACUGACGUGUGCUUCAUCCAUCCAUUUUCCUCCGCUUAUCUGGGUACGGGUCGCGGGGGCAGCAGUCUCAGUAAAGAAGCCCAAACUUCCCGUGCCCGGCCACCUCUUCCAGUUCCACCGGUAAGACACCAAGGCGUUCCCAGGCCAGCUGUGAGACACAAUCCCUACAGCGUGUCCUAGAUCGGCCCCGGGACCUCCUCCCAGCUGGGCAUGCUCGGAACACAUCACCAGGGAGGCGUCCGGUGACCUCUAAGACUCAACAAAUGUGAGACAAAUUUGGCUUUGAUGAAGAGGAACUAAAAUCUGCCUCCUACUUUGACAUGCUCAAUAUGUGUCUGGAUACCUGAGUGGGCCAACCAACAGUUACUAUCACUGUCCCCUUUGUAGGAACUAACAUGGACAAAGUGGUCGUCAGUCUCCUGCUUCUGGGAAUCAUGUUUACAAUGGCCCAGGCAUGUCCCAAAUACUGUGUCUGCCAGAAUCUCUCAGAGUCUCUGGGGACUCUUUGCCCCUCCAAAGGCCUACUCUUUGUCCCGCCGGACAUAGAUCGCCAUACUGUGGAGCUACGAUUAGGUGGCAACUUUAUCCUCAAGAUCACCACUCAGGACUUUGCUAACAUGACAGGUCUGGUGGACCUGACCUUGUCCCGCAACACCAUCGGCGCCAUCCAACCUUUCUCCUUCAUUGACCUAGAGACCCUGAGAUCCCUUCACCUUGACAGUAACCGAUUGACCGAUUUGGGGCCGGAUGACCUGAGGGGUCUGAUCAACCUACAGCACCUGAUCCUCAACAACAAUCAACUGAGUCGCAUAUCCAAAGUCGCCUUUGAUGACCUGAUGCUGACACUGGAAGAUCUGGAUUUGUCAUAUAACAACCUUCGCAGUGUGCCUUGGGAAGCCAUCCGCAAGAUGGUCAACCUCCAUCAGAUGAGUCUGGACCAUAAUCUUAUCGCAUUCAUUGCUGAGGGGACUUUUACAGAUCUGGAAAAACUAGCUCGUUUGGAUCUUACCUCCAACCGCCUGCAGAAGCUCCCACCGGACCCUAUCUUUGGACGAUCUCAGAGCAGCAUCGGAAUGACCACUCCAUACAUACCUCCGCUGUCUCUAAGCUUUGGUGGAAACCCAUUGCACUGCAACUGUGAGGUACUUUGGCUUCGAAGGCUGGAACGAGAGGAUGACAUGGAAACCUGCGCUUCUCCUACAAGUUUAAAAGGACGCUACUUUUGGUCAGUCCGUGAGGAGGAAUUUGUUUGUGAGCCUCCCCUCAUCACACAACAUACACACAAGUUGCUUGUGCUAGAAGGUCAAACUGCUAGUCUACGCUGUAAAGCAGUAGGCGAUCCAAUGCCGACCGUUCACUGGGUUGCGCCAGAUGACCGCUUGAUCAGCAAUUCCUCUCGAGCAACUAUAUAUGAAAACGGCACCCUGGAUAUUACAAUCACAACAUCCAAGGAUUAUGGAACCUUUACUUGCAUAGCUGCAAAUGCUGCUGGGGAAUCAACAGCCUCAAUAGAACUAUCAAUCAUUCAGCUCCCUCACCUAACUAAUGGUACAAACCGAACCACACAGUCCAAGUCUGGUCUUUCAGACAUAACUAGCUCUACCAAGAUAAGUAAGGGGGAGCCUAAAACUCUGCCCGACAAUGUAGUAUCUGUCUCAGAAGUGUCUUCGGUCUCAGCUCUGAUAAAAUGGACUGUGAGCAAAUCAACUCCAAAGGUCAAAAUGUAUCAGCUCCAGUACAAUUGCUCUCAGGAUGAAGUCCUCAUUUACAGGAUGAUUCCUAUGACAAAUAGAGCCUUUGUAGUCACCAAUCUUGUGCCAGGGAUGCAGUAUGAUCUGUGCGUAUUGGCUAUCUGGGAUGACAGUGCCACUACUCUUACAGCCACCAACAUUGUAGGUUGUGUCCAGUUUAUGACCACGGACGACUAUCCCCAAUGCCAGUCUCUUCACAGUGGUUUCUUGGGUGGCACCAUGAUCCUGGUCAUUGGCGGUAUCAUUGUGGCCACUCUACUGGUGUUUAUAAUCAUCCUCAUGGUUCGCUAUAAAGUGACCAGUGGCAUCCAGACUAUAAAAUUACCCUCUGUGAGUAAUACUUACUCGCAGACCAAUGGUGGUAUGAAUAGAUUCAAUGGAGCCCCACCACAGGUCAAAUCGGCUGUGGUGGUCAUGCGUGAGGAAAUGGUGGAGUUUAAAUGUGGAUCCCUCCAAAGCAGUAUCUCCUCAUCUUCAUCCUCUUCUAACUCAUUGGAAAGUCAAACAGGAAGAAGGGCUGGUGACUGCUACAGCAUGCAGGGAGCUGAAUGCAGCACCCUGCCCUGCAGCAAGUUCCGGAGGCAUAGGCACAGUUCGAAACCACAGCCAAACCUGGACCACCUUUUAGGAGCCUUCAACGCAAUGGAGCUGCGAGGUGUAUCAAGAGACCGUCAAGGGGUCCCGAGCCCCUCCACCGCUUCCAGUGCUAUGAUUACAGGAGCUGUAGCACCCCUGUCAGACAAAGAACCUCUACUUGGAAGGGCGGAGUCCACCACCAUGUUGGGUCGUCUCCUAGGACUACCCCAAGAAGGUAAACCCAAAAGGAGCCAUUCAUUUGACAUGGGUCAUGUGGGAGCCACACAGUGUCGCGGCACCCACCCUCGCAGGAUCAGUAACAUCUGGACUAAACGCAGUUUGUCUGUUAAUGGCAUGCUACUACAGUACGAUGACAAUGAGGAUGAUAAGCCUACUUUUGAAGCAUCCGAGUGGGUAAUGGAGAGCACAGUUUAAGUACAGUUGAGCAAAUUGUACUUUGCCAAACGAUUCAUUUGAACCAAGAACUAAGGAAACAUGACUUUGAAAGAGCGGAGUAUACCACAGCGGACCAAUUUUGGAGGUUUUUCAUUAAUUUCGACCAUGUGCAUACUGUUUGACAAAACACUCAACUCAAACAGUCUACAACUGCAAGUCAAAAAUGGCUCACCUUUCUUGAGUCUUGGAUGAUGCAGAAAUGGCCUGGAAUAACGCCUCCUCAACUCGGCACUUGAGAGUAUCAAAAAGGGGAAAAGGGAGAUGAAAAAAUUCAGAGUGGAUUACUGGGUCUUUAUCAAAUGACUUGAAUGCCAAGUGGAUUUGCUUCAGCUAUGGUGAAAGGGAUGUACUUUUGUGUGACCCACUGCGUGAAAUGGGACUACUGCCACAGUUGAUAGAAGAACUACAGGAUCACUAUAGGAAAAAUUAAAUCUUUUAACAUUUUACUUUCAUCUAGGUUUUCUAUCAUUUUUACUAUUUAUUAUUUGGGGAAAAAUCAUCGAGCAACAGUGUGCAGUUUACCAAUGCGGUUAUCCGACAGAAUUAAAGUAUCACAAAAAUGUUUCUUUCAUAGAACCAUUUCAGAUCACAUUGUGAUUAUGUCCAUGCAUUCUUGCCAGUCACAAAAGAGACUAAGACCGAUUACCAUGUGACCCUGUUCUCAAGGUAUCAGAAAGACAUUGGAACAUCAAGCUUAUGUUGAUUUCUGCUUUGGGUAUCAUAUUUUUUUUUUUACAGGAAAAUUAAAUAAGCCAAUGCUCAUUUAGAUAAGAUCAUAUAUAGCUGAACUCAACAUGAAAACAUCUUUACUUGUUUUCACAUCAUUUUAAAAAAUGUAGCAUCAAACUACUCUAAAGCAUUUGUUGUUGAGUCUGUGACAUCUCAUGUUCAGUUGUUAUAACGCUGGGUUAGUGUACCAGGCUAGUAUGGUCAAAUAAAUCCAAGCACCUCUUUUUUGUGACAGUUUGAUAUAAAAAAAACCAAAAAAACAGUAAGUUUGAAAACACCCAGUCCAUCAAAUCAUUUUCUCUGCUAUGUAAUCAAUCACUGGUGUAGUCUGGCAAUGGACAGAAGAGGUAUAACAAUUUGGAGAGUCAGAAAUUCCAUGUGUUUGUCAUGAAUUCUCUGUUUAUUAAAUGGAGAAAAGUAACAGACAUUACAUAUCAUGAGAAAAAUUUCCACGACAUGGCAAGAAACACAGAAAGCACACAAAAAAUGGUUGAUGUAUCUGGUUCAUUCAUCCAAUGAGCUCUCUAGCUUUCAUUCUCUUUUAUUCAGAGUUGUAAAUGACAAUAACUGAAUUAGUCGCUAUUCAGAAUUACAGCCUGAGAUAUUCCCAGUCCCCACUUUGAUGCCUUUCUCAAUAUCCUGUGGGUCCUUGCUGCGACUGAUUAUGUCGGGUGUUUAUAUGUUUUUAUAGUUUUGGUCCCUAGGUGUAGCAUUCUGUAUAUUGGCAUAUUUUGUACAAUAACUGGGUGAGAAUGUAAAAGUGGGGACUUAUUUGGUGGUGUUUUCAUUUCCAUUGCAAGCAAACAGUGAAGGUGCUUUCCUGUGGUGUACUAACUUGGUCAUUUUUAGCUGGCUCAGUGAAAUGGGAUUUUCCAUAAAACUGCACAAGACAAGCGGGGAACUACUUGUUCCUAAAGUAUCAAUUAACCCUCAUUGUGGAAAAAAAUAACAAAAAAACAACAUUUCUUGACUCACAAAGAUUGUCUGUUUUCCCCAAAGAGGUGGUCAUACUUCCGAAUUGGUCACCCCGGGUUGCAUUACAUCUUUGGUGUUUGGUUAAAUUAUUAAAAUCUCUAAAAAUACAAAGUACAACUGCAGUAUUUCCCAAAUGUGACACCAGUGUUGAUAAAAGAGAAAUUUGUAUUUUGUGAAUGGACCAUUUAACUUGCUAGUUCUUCUUGUGUCCUCUUGUAACAUCCCUGUUCACGCUGCUAACUAAGAAUACAACUUUGUGCGUGACUUGGUACAGUCAUGAUUGCCACCUAAAACUGAAGGGAAAAAAAACAAGAUUUAUGUGUGAAAACAUUUUGCUAAGAAAAAUUAUAUGAAAUGUUAAUAAAUUCUUAAUGGUCCUCUGUGUCCUUACUGUAGUGUCUUAAUAAUAUUCCAUGUGCCUUGAAUUACAUUAUUCAUUGCAUACUGUUGCAAAUUGUUACCUGGGUGUCCUUCCCCUCUCAUUGUCAUUGUUUACUAGGGGUGAGCCAAGGUGUUUCUGUCCGAUGUCCAGCUGCUAUAAUCAGGCCAGUUUCUGCUGAGUCACCUCAGCACUGCCCUUAUUACACAUCACUAGUACAUGCAUCUCUUUGCCAGAGCCCAUUAUAAGGCCCUAAUUCAUAAUCUGCCUGGGAAGGUGCUUACACCAGCACAGAAUAAGUAUAAUCUCAUGAACCAAGUGUUGUGAGAGCCUGAUUUGCCUACAGAAGGUAGAUAAAUUGUCUAUGGAAAGAUGAUAUUUGAAGAGAAAAAGACAUGAUACUUUUCCAAGGCCAAUCAUAGCGGUUAUAAUGUGCCAAAUGGUACUGAUGGUACUCCAGUCCUGUAGGUGGCUGUAAUGUGCAUUCAAAAAUGAGUGUCAACUGCAACAAACAACAAGCUGUUUUCUCCAUCUGCUGGAUAUGGUGGGUUACUGUCCCACUCUGUCACCAUGCAAAUAGACUGUAAGAACUUAAUAUGAAAAUUAUUUAUUUAAAUCAGUGCCUUCAUCAGAACAAAAUCAUUUUAAUGACCCAUGGCAGCGUGAUUCAUACUUUUGUCUGUAGGGCUAGAGUGGACGUACAGUAUCUGAUGCCUUGUUGUAGUGUCUUUGAAAUAUACUGAACCCUGAAUUUCUCCUGCAGCCAUCCUGAUUUUUGUCACUGUGGCACUAUAAGGAAUUAUUUAGUCCCAAUUCUUACAAUUCAGAUCAUAUCAGCAGAAAAAAACACUGAGUAUUAUAAGUAAUAUAAACCGAUAUAUUAUUUUUAUGCCAAUAUCGGCCGAUAAUAUCGGUUGGCCAAUAAUAAUACCAGUUGGCCAAUAUUAUUGGACAUUCCUAGUUGUAACUAACAUCAUAAAAAGAGUUGAAUAGCUAUAUAUGAGCUAAAUUAAAAAGGUA